AUGCCCACCGUGGCGUCGGCGUCGUCGUCGCCUUUCGCGGCAGCGAUAGCGGAGCCGGCCGCCCUCCCCGUCUUCCUGCGGCCAGCGCUCCUCCACGGCCUCGGCGCCGGGGCCCACCUCCUGCUCGCGCUCGCCGUCGCGGCCCGGCUCCUCUUCGCCCCCGCCCACCGCGGCAAGGAAUCAGCCGCUGCGGUGAGAGGCGGUGGCAUCCGGUUCCGGUGGGGACAGUUCGCUGUCCGCGCCACAUGGGCUCUGGCGGCGUCCGAGGUCUUCCUCGGCGUGUACUCGCUCGUCUCGUGGUACCUUGACAACAGUGGCACCGGCGGCGGGGCCGGGUGGGGGGCGCCCGACGCGGUGGCCGACCAGGCGGACACCGCGGCGCGCGCGGUGGCGUGGCUGCUGCUCGCGGCCUACCUGCAGCUCCAGUACCGCGGCCGCGGGGAGGAGCGCUUCGCCGCGCCGCUCAAGCUCUGGUGGGCGCUCUUCCUUCUCCUCUCCGUCCUCGCUCUCGCCGUCCACGCCGCCACGAGCCUCUCCUACGGGCUCCCCGUGCCCGCGCUUCCGUGGGCGCGCGACGCCGUUGAGGUCCUCGCAGGCGUGGCGCUACUCGUCGCCGGGUUCUCUGCCAACACGACGGGCGGCUCUGCUUCCGAGGAGCCUCUGCUCAACGGCGCGAGCGAGAGCCGCGGCGACGACACCGUCGAUGCUUCCCUCUUCACGAGCGCCGGCUUCCUCAGCGUCCUCACCUUCUCCUGGAUGGGACCCCUGCUCGCCGUCGGCAACAAGAAGGCCCUCGGCCUCGACGACGUCCCUGACCUUGAUCAUGCCGACAGCGUGGCCGGCCUGCUCCCCUCGUUCAAGACGAACCUGGAGGCGCAAGCCGGCGACGGGUCUGGCCCCAAGUUCACCGCGUUCAAGCUCACCAAGGCCCUUGUGCGCACCGUCUGGUGGCACAUCGCGGUGACCGCGCUCUACGCACUCAUCUACAACCUGGCCACCUACGUUGGCCCGUACCUCAUAGACUCCCUGGUGCAGUACCUCAACGGCGACGAGAGGUACGCCAGCAAGGGGAAGCUCCUUGUUGUCACAUUCAUCGUAGCCAAGGUGUUUGAGUGCUUGUCACAACGGCACUGGUUCUUCCGGCUACAGCAAGCCGGGAUACGUGCUCGCUCCGCGCUCGUCUCCGUCGUGUACCAGAAAGGGCUCUCUCUGUCCAGCAUCUCCAGACAGAGCCGCACCAGCGGCGAGAUGAUCAACAUCAUCAGCGUGGACGCCGACCGAGUCGGCCUCUUCUCAUGGUACAUGCACGAUCUCUGGUUGGUACCACUCCAAGUAGGCAUGGCAUUGUUCAUCUUGUACUCCACCCUGGGGGUAGCGUCGCUUGCAGCGCUCGGUGCCACCAUUGUGGUCAUGCUUGCAAAUGUGCCUCCCAUGAAAAUGCAGGAGAAGUUCCAGCAGAAGCUCAUGGACUGCAAGGAUGUCAGGAUGAAGGCGACAUCUGAGAUCCUGCGCAACAUGAGGAUUCUUAAACUGCAGGGGUGGGAAAUGAAGUUCUUGUCCAAGAUCAUUGACCUCAGGACCACAGAGACAAGCUGGCUCAAGAAGUACCUUUACACAUCGACCGCGGCCACCUUCGUGUUCUGGGGUGCCCCGACCUUCGUCGCUGUGGUAACCUUCGGAGCUUGCAUGCUCUUAGGGAUACCAUUGGAGUCAGGGAAGGUGCUGUCUGCAUUGGCCACGUUCCGGGUGCUUCAAGAACCAAUAUACAACCUUCCUGACACAAUCUCGAUGAUGAUUCAGACCAAGGUGUCUCUUGACAGGAUAGCAUCUUUCCUAUGCCUUGAGGAGUUGCCGACGGAUGCCGUGGAGAGGCUACCAAGUGGUAGCUCCAAUGUUGCAAUUGAGGUCAGCAAUGGGUGCUUCUCCUGGGACGGCUCACCUGAGCUGCCAACGCUGAAGGACCUGAAUUUUGAAGCUCAGCAAGGUAUGCGCGUUGCAGUCUGUGGGACGGUCGGCUCUGGAAAAUCAAGCUUGCUCUCUUGCAUUCUUGGUGAGGUGCCAAAGCUAUCAGGAGAGGUCAAGACUUGCGGAACAAUGGCAUAUGUCAGCCAGACGGCAUGGAUACAGAGCGGCAAAAUUCAGGACAACAUACUGUUCGGCAAGGAGAUGGACAGUGAGAAAUAUGACAGGGUCCUUGAGUGGUGUUCACUGAAGAAAGACUUGGAGAUCUUGCCAUUCGGUGACAAGACAGUCAUUGGAGAGCGAGGCAUAAAUCUUAGUGGCGGGCAAAAGCAAAGGAUUCAGAUAGCCCGAGCUUUGUAUCAGGAUGCCGACAUCUAUUUGUUUGAUGAUCCAUUCAGCGCAGUCGAUGCUCAUACAGGAUCCCACCUUUUCAAGGAAUGCUUGCUUGGGGCUUUGGCUUCAAAAACAGUGGUUUAUGUCACUCACCACAUUGAAUUCCUGCCUUCAGCUGAUCUUAUUCUGGUAAUGAAAGGUGGGAGAAUAGCACAAGCAGGCAAAUACAACGAUAUACUUGGUUCAGGGGAAGAGCUAAUGGAACUGGUUGGUGCUCACCAAGAUGCUCUCACAGCAUUGGAUGUGAUUGAUGUCGCUAAUGGAGGCAGUGAGACAAUCUCUUCAAGCCUAUCCAGGUCAUUGUCAUCAGCUGAAGAGAAAGAUAAACAAAGUGGCAAAGACAACGGUGACAAGGUUCAGAGUGGGCAGCUGGUGCAGGAAGAAGAAAGAGAAAAAGGCAGGGUGGGGUUCUGGGUCUACUGGAAAUACCUCACAUUGGCUUACGGCGGAGCUCUCGUACCAUUUGUGUUGAUAGCACAGCUACUUUUCCAAGUACUUCAGAUUGCUAGCAAUUACUGGAUGGCUUGGGCUUCUCCUGUGUCGAAAGACGCUGAGCCUCCAGUGAGCACGUCGACACUGAUCUAUGUCUUCGUGGCAUUGGCUGUUGCAAGUUCGCUAUGCAUCCUCAUAAGGGCACUGUUUCUUGUGACAGCUGCAUACAAAACAGCAACUCUGUUGUUCAACAAGAUGCAUAUGGCCAUAUUCAGAGCUCCUAUGUCUUUCUUCGAUUCCACUCCAAGUGGGCGCAUCUUGAAUAGAGCUUCAACUGAUCAAAGCGAAGUGGAUACAAACAUCGCUUACCAGAUGGGUUCUGUUGCAUUUUCCAUCAUACAACUAGUUGGAAUUAUUGCGGUUAUGUCUCAGGUAGCAUGGCAGGUGUUUCUUGUGUUCGUUCCUGUGAUCAUUAUCUGUUUCUGGUACCAGCGCUACUACAUUGAGACGGCCAGAGAGCUGCAAAGGCUGGUAGGGGUUUGCAAAGCUCCUAUCAUACAACAUUUUGCUGAAUCAAUUACUGGAUCAACCACCAUCAGAAGUUUUGGCAAAGAACAUCAGUUUGUAUCAACUAAUAGCCAUCUAAUGGAUGCCUACUCUCGACCGAAAUUCUACAAUGCUGCAGCAAUGGAGUGGCUUUGUUUCCGCUUGGAUACGCUGUCGUCCUUCACAUUUGCAUUCGCUUUGGUAUUUCUGAUCAGUCUACCAACUGGUAUCAUCGAUCCAGGUAUUGCUGGUCUCGCGGUCACAUAUGGGCUUAACUUGAACAUGCUGCAAGCAUGGGUUGUGUGGAGCAUGUGCAAUUUGGAGAACAAGAUCAUAUCAGUAGAAAGAAUUCUGCAAUACAUAAGCAUUCCUGAAGAGCCCCCACUUUCAAUGUCAGAAGAUAAGUUGCCCCAUAACUGGCCGUCACAGGGAGAAAUUCAGCUUCGUGACGUCCAUGUAAGAUAUGCUCCACAACUACCAUUUGUUCUGAAGGGCCUUAACGUCACUUUCCCUGGAGGCAUGAAGACUGGUAUUGUUGGAAGAACAGGCAGUGGUAAAUCAACACUCAUACAGGCCCUUUUCCGUAUUGUCGAGCCUACUGUCGGUCAGAUACUGGUAGAUGGUGUUGACAUCUGCACCAUCGGGCUGCAUGAUCUGAGAUCUAGACUUAGCAUCAUUCCACAAGAUCCAACGAUGUUUGAGGGAACUGUGAGGAGCAACCUUGACCCUCUUAACGAGUACAAUGACGAUCAGAUCUGGGAGGCCUUGGAUAACUGUCAGCUGGGAGAUGAGGUCAGGAAGAAGGAGCUGAAACUCGACUCACCAGUGAUCGAGAACGGAGAGAACUGGAGCGUGGGCCAGCGCCAGCUAGUCUGUCUUGGAAGAGUGAUUCUGAAACGGACCAAGAUACUGGUUCUGGACGAAGCCACUGCUUCAGUGGAUACCGCGACAGACAACAUGAUUCAGAAAACACUACGUGAGAACUUCUCGGAGGCGACGGUCAUCACGAUUGCGCAUCGAAUCACCUCGGUCCUCGACAGCGACAUGGUUCUGCUCCUCGACAACGGUGUGGCCGUGGAGCGUGACACGCCGGCCAAGCUGCUGGAGAACAAGUCGUCUCUGUUCUCAAAGCUUGUGGCGGAGUACACGAUCAGAGCGACGCACGCGUAG